CCCCCCCCCCAAAAAAAAAACAAAAAACAAAAAAACAAAGUGCAGUUUUCCUUUAAGUGGCAGGGCUUGGGGUCCACUUUUACUUGCACCUACCUACCAUAGUGCAACAAACUUGGCUUGGUUAAAAAAAAAAAAAAGCCAUAACAUUUACUACUAUUUUAUAAAUUAUUCCUUUCGAUCUGGUCACACUGCUGAUUUGUAUUGUAUCUUGAAGAAGGGAAGGCGGUGGGGUGGUGGGGUAGUCCACAAUUUUGGAAAUUUGAGGCUUAUCUUGAUUGGAAUAAUGUGAUGUAUUGUUUGCUUCUAUCUUGCAGUGCUGUGAGUAUGGAAUUAGUUGCACUAGUAUUGCCUUCACCACUGUUGGCCUGCAACAACAUGGCAAACAGAUCUAUUCUAUUCCAAGGGCAUUUUAUAUCUGGAGAUACUGUAAUUCAUUUGACGGUUUCAUUUGCAUCCCCACCAAUACCUUUUGAAAAUCCUGUUUCCAUAGUAACUGACCCGCUUUAAUUUUGGAGAAGUGGUGUUUGAGUCACAAGUGAGGUUUGUAACUUGUUUAAAUAGUCUACAAUGCUCCCUGUUCACUUUGAUAUCUACAAAUGUCCAUUUCUUUUCAAGAAGCAGCUAAGUGUGUGUACAACACAAUGAUGCUGCCUUUUCCUUGAAACCCAAAUCUGCUAAAGCUAUGUGUUGGUCUCCAUCCUGUUACAGUACAUGCAAAGCUUAAAAAUGUUUACCUCCAGGUGGUCAAGAAUUGACACAGCCUAUAUAAAAAAAGUGCACAGUGUUGACUGGUGAUGGCUCGAUCUAAUAAGAUUGCACAAAACUCUUAUGGAUGGCAUGCUAGGUCGCUACACUUACAACACUUGGCACAAAUUGAUGUCAGCCGCAUUAAUUCCAUUUAAACCUUUCACAGAGUGUAGAUUAAUUGACUCGGGUGUUGGUGGGUGAAUGAGUGCUAACCAGUCUGCUAUGAAUCGUGUGGCAAGAGAGUGACCAUACCCUGAUCUAUUUAGUUUACGUCCACAACGGUUUUAUGUCAGACCUCAUCUUAUCCUUUUUAUAUGAACUGUAUUGAUUUAUAAUGAAUAAACACAGUGUUGAACUUUUCACUGUUGCUAGUCGAGGGUUGUGUGCCUUAAUUAACGAAUAGUUAAAGCUACUCUGUCAAGAGGUUUCUUAAAGCCGUUUGAGCUGCAGGGACGUAAGGGGGCGUGUUUUAGACGCCUGUGGCUCCCCUGAUUGGCGGAGCGCUAUACUGGUAACCCAUCACAACACUGGACGCAUGAGGAAAACAGUCGUUCAUUUGUAAGUUAACUGCUAACAAAACAUUCACAAAGACGGUAAGUUAUUCUUGUAAUGUAUUUUAACAUCUAACUAGAUGCUACGGUUUACAUCAUAGUUAGUACCCAUUCGGUUUUGUCAUUAAAACAUUUCAGGUGGGUGCUCGUUGGCUAGCAUUACGUUAUUAGCAUAUGCUAACUAUGUUGCCUGUGCUGGUUACCGUUUUUUAUCAUCCUGUAUUACUUUUUGUGGUAAAUGUUAAUGUCUAGUUGUAAUAGAAACGAAGGAAGAUAUUAGCUAUGCACUGUCAUGUAACCGUGAGCCCAUGCUAUGCUAUUCCAACAAGUCAAAUGUAACCCCAUUUCUCAGUUUCAGGGUAACGUCAUUGAAAAUUAUAUCUAAAACAUGUUUGCACGUGUAUUUUAUUUAAUAUUUAAAGACGAGCUUGUGGAUAUUUGUGUUCCCUUGCUGUCUAUUGUGACAGGUAACCUUGUUUCCAUCUGAAGCGUGAACACCAUAAAAGCAAUGCUUUAUUUUUGGAAGAAUGCUCGACCAAGAUGGAUGCCUGUAGGAAAACAACCUGGAAGCAAACAGGGAGCAUGUUAGAGGCAUUGAGACAGAAGAAGCUUUCCAUUGUUAUUUAUACAUGGUGGAUGCAGCCCUCUUGAUUUCUGGACGGAUAUCCCAGGUCAGAAGGCGCUGUAGGUGCUUUUUCCGAGGGCACCGAAACGCACCACAAGGUGAUGUGGAUGCCGCAUGAUGGAUAAUAAUAACGAGGCGAGUAAGGCGUACCAAGGAAAGAAGCCUGUCGCGGAUGACUAUGUGGAUGAAUAUUUAAUCGCCCUUCAGCACAAAAACAGGAUCCUGAGCCGCCUCAAAGCCAAAGGCCCCAGGCAGAUCGAGCUGGAAAGACUUGAGCAAGGCUUUUCUCUUUAUUUUAAUGGCGCCAAUGCGGAAUCCUGCAAGAGACCAUGCAAGAGCUUCAAGCACAACAAGCCUGCCAGUGCCACGCCCGUUUGGAGGACUGCACGUACAGCAGAUGUCUCUCAAAGCGCCUACCAGCUAAGUGAAGAUAAUAAUUUGGAGGACAGCCACAAGCAGAGGAGCCACACAGCCCCAGGAAAGGUCCAGAGGAAAGAAUGGGUGCAGGAUUCUAUCAGAAUCCGAACAGAGGAUGGACUGGGUUUGAAGAUAUGCCCAGAAAAGCGCUACUCUGAUGAUUUUGAGCCCUAUGAGAGCAUAGACAUGGAGAGCUCCGGCCCACGCUCGCCUCACACUCCCUGCUCGCCAAGGGACACCUGUAAGCAUUUGCGCUGCCUCGGUUCCCGGCCCGAGAGCCAAGGAGGACAAGCAAAUCAGGAACACAGCGAGAAGGUGCUUCUCAACCUUGAGGAAGUAAAGGUUUUAAGGCGCAGCCUAGAAAACAGCAUGCGGCGCAGCAGCCGCGGCUCAGCAGGGGAGGAGUCAGACGAAGAGUGGGUGGAGGAGCAAAUCGAGCGGGAGGAGAGCACGGAAAGUCUAGACGAACUGGGGCUUCCUGUGUCUUCCUCCAGGUCUUCCUCCGACAAACGGCCCAGCACUUCCCAUAGCCAUUCAGACCCAGCAGACCUUAUUGUUCUUGACUUUGGGCCUGCACCGAAAGGUCGUAAGCUUGAGCGUUCAUUGUCUGCAAAGAGGAAGGAAAAGAGUGACUCAUUCAUACCUUGUAAGCCAAUGUUGGUGAAGAGCAAAACAUUAGAUAGACCUCCUUCAAAAGACAGCUGGGAUAAUACAAGACCUGCAAGUCAAGCAGAGAGAGAGAGGCCUCUGUCAACAGCCAGGAGGGCUUUCAUCGAGGAGGAAGACCCAGACGAGGUCGCACGUAGGGUGUGCCAGGCCAUCCAGAGAGAAAACAGAAGUCCUGAGCUCUUCACUCACAACAUGGGCAGAGGCCACCAGAUGAUGAACGGCUUAGUGCAGCGCAACAGCAACGAUCGAGAGGAUGGCAGUGUCACUCUGGCCAUGCAGAGAAUCAACCUCAUGGGCUCCAGGGAGCAGCACAAACUGCUGAAAGCCUUGGAGGAGCUGGAAGCUGCACCCUCCUUCAACAUUCCUCAGGGUUUCAGAACAGACUGCAGCAAAACGCUGCCGAGGCGCUCCCAAGAGGUCACCCCUGCUCUUUACGUCACCAUGGAGAUUCUGUCCAACUGGGGCCACGAACUGCAGGUCGGCCUGACCGAGUUGCAGUUUUUCGGCCCCGCAAACAAGAAGCUGUACGUGUCGCCUCAUGACCUUGACAUCAGGAACGCAGACUAUCCUGGCAAUCUGGCGGCACUCAUCAAUGGCAAGGCGAAGACAACCAAGGAACGCCAUAUGUGGACGUGUCCCUUCCACCCUCCCGUCCAGCUCUACUUCAUCAUCCGUAACACGGAGCGCUCUGCAGAUUUUGGAGUAUCUCGCAUCAAAAUCUGGAACUACAACAGAAGCCUCAAUGAACUUGACAUUGGUGCACGUGAUAUAAAACUGUACCUGAACAGCACGCUGGUCUUUGAGGGCGAAUUGGAGAGAGGCUGCGGCAAUCAGGUCUUUGACUACAGCACCACAAUUGAGCUCCAGGAUUUCCAGGCUUCAGACUCUUUGUUUUCCAGCCCUUCAUCUUCAGGACACAAUCUGCAUGGGGCCAGCCCCCAGAGGCAUGAUGAUGAUAGGAAGGACAGUGAAGGCAGCAGCACGCACCAGCACCACAGUUCCGCCCUGCCACCAUCAGAUGCAUCAAGCCAAGCUAUGAUGGACACACAGGAGGGUCUGCACAUGCCUCUUCCAUCAAUCUCUGGUCGGCGCUCCUCUGCACAAAGGAACUCUUUUGAUCUGUCCGCCUCACAGGAGCGUCCCAGUCACAGGCAGCAGGCUGACCAUUCAGUCCCCAUGUCGCAGACGGUCACCAUGCAACCGUCAUCAUCGCGAAUGACCCCCCAGUGGCUGCAGCCCCUGAAAAGAGCCGCUCCUGAGGGCUGUGAGGCAAGCAGAGAAAAGCCACGCUGGCUGGUGCCUCAGCAACCCGCAGAACCCAAAUCUCCAUCGGCUUCGUCCUCCUCAUUGCUCCCGGAGUUGGCUUGUAACCCAGGCCGGGUGUGCAGGGGAGGGGAGAGGUCAGCAAACGGAGCACAGUGCAAGGUGGAUUCUUUGGAAAUGAGCUGCGAUCUGCUGGAUGAGCUCGGAGAGCCAAAGCAGGAACGGCCCUUCAGCGGGCGAAGGAGCUCUUUGCGAAACAGGCAGAUGGAGGAGCAACACAUAAAAGCUGCUGUUCUGUCAAACACAGAGGUGGCGAUCAGCACCAGCAGGAGGCAGCGUACUCCAAGGCCCCUUCUGCACAGCCAUCAGGAUGACAGCCUAAUGGAGUCCUGGGACUCCCUCACAAAGUUCAACCAGUGUCAGCGUGGUCGCAUCUCCAACAUGGGCUUUGAGGGCGACAUCUUUGAUGACUUCCAGCAGCAACACAGCCGCGGUCCCACUACGGCCCCCAUCAACCCCUCCGCUGCCUCUGUGCGCACAGCUUCCUCCUCCUUAGCCGCCCGGGAGCUCCCAUGUGAGGUCCCUGACGGGGAUUCCUUCAUGGAAGCAGAGGAGGAGUUUGAGAUCCCGGUGCUUCCCAAAGGCCAACGAUUGGUCAUUAACAUUGUGUCCACCUGGGGGGACCGCCACUAUGUUGGCCUCAACGGCCUAGAGGUUUUCAGCUCCAGUGGAGAGCCCCUCCAGCCAGCCCACAUCACCGCCGACCCCCCAGAUAUCAACAUACUCCCAGCUUACGGCAAGGAUCCCCGCGUGGUCACCAACUUGAUCGACGGUGUAAAUCGCACACAGGACGACAUGCACCUCUGGCUUGCCCCGUUCACGCCUGGACGUAGCCACAUGAUCUUUCUGGAAUUUGGACAUCCCUACCAGGUUGCCAUGAUCCGUGUGUGGAAUUACAACAAGUCACGUAUCCACUCUUUCCGAGGGGUAAAGGAGGUGGAGAUGCUGCUGGAUGGGCGGUGCAUCUUCAGGGGCGAGAUCGCUAAAGCUUCUGGGACGCUCUCUGGAGGAUUGGAUCAGUUCGGAGACACUAUUUUAUUUACUACUGAUGAUGAGAUCUUGGAGGCAAUGUCCCGUUUUGAUGAAACCUUCCUUCGUGAAAAUGAAGGCUUGGACAAUCCCGUGUAUGAAGAGGAGCUGCAGAGACCACGCACUGCAGAUGGAGAGGGAGAGGAAAGACCUUUCACACAAGCUGGCUUUAGAGAGGAGGACCUUGCCCUGAAACUUCACCUCAACGCCACUGUGAGCCAGUCUGAGAGCAUGGAGCAGAUUCCUGGGAUGUACACUGGAAAGUGCCUUCGACUGGAGUUCACGUCUACGUGGGGUGACUCUCAUUACAUGGGUCUUACAGGACUGGAGGUGGUGGGAAAGGAUGGAGAGGGUUUACCUUUGGACGUCAGUAUCAUGGCCGCUUCACCCAGAGACCUCAACGACCUGCCUGAAUACGGACAUGACUUGCGCACCCUUGAUAAGAUUAUAGACGGCCACAACAUCACCACCGAUGACCAUCACAUGUGGCUGAUUCCUUUCUCCUAUGGAGAGCCCCACACUGUGACCAUCACCUUUCCACAUGCCCAGACCAUUGCUGGGCUCCGCAUUUGGAACUAUAACAAGUCCUCCGAGGACUCAUAUAGAGGGGUGAAAGUGAUCCAUCUGAUCAUGGAUGAUGUGGCCAUCUCCCCGGUGGAGGGCUUUCUGAUCAGGAAAGGACCAGGCAACUGUCACUUUGACUUUGCUCAAGAGAUCCUCUUUGUGGACUACAUCCAGACGCCCACCGAGAACAAGAGUGCCGAUGAAUACCCCAACAAACGAAGUGCUAAGAAAGCAGAACAGGCCAGCAUGGAUUAUGAGGCUCCCAUCAUGCCUUGUGGAUUCAUCUUUCAGCUGCAGCUGUUAACCACCUGGGGGGACCCUUACUACAUCGGCCUCAAUGGUGUGGAGUUCUACAACCAAAACCACGAGAAGAUCAGCCUCAGUGACAACAACAUUGCAGCUUUCCCAGAUAGCGUUAAUGUACUGGACAAUGUGAGUGGCGACGUGAGGACUCCGGAUAAAUUAAUAGACGGGAUCAACAGCACGCAGGAUGGCAGGCACACCUGGCUGGCUCCUGUGCUCCCUGGGCUGGUGAACCGUGUGUAUGUCAUCUUUGAUCAACCGGUGACCGUGUCCAUGAUUAAACUGUGGAACUACUCCAAAACCCCACAAAGGGGUGUUAAAGAAUUUGGGCUGCUAGUGGACGACCUACUGGUGUACAACGGCAUCUUGGACAGCGUGAGCCACAUGAGCCACGGCAUUCUGCCCACGUGCGACAUUGUGGUGCCAUACCACACUAUCCUGUUCACCGACAACGCUUACAUUGCACACCGCGAGAGGAACACCGUCAUCAGCCCCCAUGGCAGCAGACCCGUCCAACAUAAUUACGUGGAGGACCAGGAUGUGAAGAUGACCAACGAGAACCAGAUAGUCCAUCAUAACAAGAAGAAGCAGACAGCAGACCCAGCUCUUCGGCCUAAAACCUGCAUGACCGAUGUUGGCAAACACGGACAGAGGAGGUACUGAUGGACGUCACUUUUAAGCCCCUGGUGGGCGGAAACCUCCUUUUUUAAAUGAAGACUCCAAUGCAGAGACGUGCACGUUGGAGAGGACAGCUUUUUGCACCGAUCACAAUGGGUUUGCGUUGCACACACACAAUAUUCUAUAUUCCACUUUAUGGUUGGAGAACUCCUGCAUAUAUUUUUAGUCUCUCCCUCAGUGCCAGGCGAAAUAGACCUGUCAGGCUGCAUUCUGCCGGCCUCAUUACCGUGCCUGUACUCAUCUGUAACUGCUAAUUGUGACUUGUGCUGCACAUAUUUGCUGCCUGUGGCGUGUAAAUACAUCCAUGUAAUAACUACUUGACUGUGUAAUGAUGCUGAUUGAAUCCACUGGUAACCAAAUGCAAGGCUAUGCAGACACUUCUUUCUAGCUAUUAACAAUUUCCAAGUGUAUAAAAGCAGGGACACCGUAUGUUAUCUUAGCAUAUUCAUGUGUAGUUCAAAGUACACGUUUGGCUCCAUAAAAGUAGCGUCGUGGUGUGUUUUGUUUUUUUUUUCAAAUGAAAUCUAGCUUUAGCUUAGCACUUCAACUCCAAGUGACCUUUUACUGAAGUUUAGCAACGUCAGCAAUUUGGUUGUAAGAUUUUCACCAGAAAGACGACUUCUAAUAUGCAGAAACUUUACCUCAAAUUGAGCUCAAUGAUCUUACAGUGGGACACAUUUUGCCGUCAUACAAAACAUUUCAAGGUAUAUUUACUCGUUGCAUGGACUAAAAGUCUCACUAGCUGUAUUCAUUCUCUUAAAACACGACAAACUUAGUAAAUAAAUCAUCCUCCGCACUCCUUGUACUGCAUUUCAAGUGUAUUUUCAGUACGUGUGACAACAUUGGUCAGCAUGGGGUGAUCAUUGUUUUUUUUGGGGGGGGGGUCAAUUUAUUUUUCUAAUCUUGUUUAAACCUGUAUAUCAAAUCUAGGCUUAUUUCAAAAAAGACAAAUAAAAUGUGUAUAUGGAUGAACUAUGCAUGGUCCAUCUUGUUCUCAUCUAUCAUGAAGGACAGCAGACACGUGUAGACUCAAAGAUAUUUAUUAUAGGCUCUGUUGGGUAGUAUAAUAGCGCUUGGAAGGAAUGAGCAUUCAGUGGUACUGAUGAAUCACUUUACUCUUACAUGAAUUAAGAGGCUUAGCAACAUUGCACCUCUGUUGAUUCAGAUUUUUCCCGGGAAUGUCCCCUCUUCUCUCUGUUCAUCCCAUUUCUGGACCUAAGAGACAUCAUUUAGAAGUCAUUUGCAUUACAGUGAAUAUAAAAUGGUGGUUGUUAAACAAUGCCCAGUCAAAUAUUUCACGUGUGUGUAGAAACAUGUAAUGGCUAAUGGUAUUCAGGUAUUCUGCUAACAUUUGAAGGGUAUAUUUUGUUAUUUUAUAAUAACAAAUGCAACAUUAAAACUUUGAAUUCAAAAAAAGUUUUUAGUAGAAGAAACAUGAAUGCUUGUGGAGAUGCUGGUAAAUGUUUAGAAAAAUGUCCAUUUUCGAUAUUUAGAUGUAAAUAUUUUAUAUCUAAAAACAUACACAACACAAAAAUACCCUUUAACCCAGGGGUCUCAAACUCUAUUUCACUGGGGGACACAUCAGAAAUUAAACAAUUUCAAUAAUAAACAUAUCAUAUAAUCAUAAAUAAUAAAAAACAUGUAAUUUUUUCAUUAGUAAUUUAUUUUCCACAGUACACAUAAUUUGGUAAUAAAUUCAUUUCAGACAAGAAAAAAGAAUCCGAGGAGCCAUUUGGGAGCUGAAAGAGUCGGCUCUUUUUGUGAGCCGAGCCAAAAGAACCAGCUCCCUACAAAGAGCCGAAAUUUCAUUCACUAAACUUAACCGGCCGAGUCUGCUAGCGCACGCGCGGUUAAUUUGUUUUUGCUGCUUCUUUUAUUUCUUCCGGCCAAUUUAGUCCGUUCUGAGGAGGAGCAGCUCCUCGUAGAUGACACGUAAAAUGGUGACUCGGCUCACUGAGAAGCGACGGCACUAGAGGU